AUGCCCAGCUCCCUUACCAACGCCAAUGGCGAACAUAGCAUCGUCGAGCUCUUCAUCCCGGUCCCAGAGGAAUUAUCACGAGAGAAUUCAUUCAGACGGCACAUUGCGACUCGCAACUUCUUCGCCUUCCUUCUGGGUAAACCACUCGUAGGCGAUCAUAUGGGCCAAGCAUUCGUAGACGUCCAGGAACGUUUACACCACUUCCGUCCAAGUCAUCCAAACAACCACCAAGACUUUCUGGACUACGCUGAGAACCAAGGGUACCGGGAUCUGGUGGAGUGCACGGACUAUGCUCUUGCAAGCCUCUACUACGCAGAGCAUUUCAAACUUAGAGACAUCUGGGUCGAUGCAUUUGCCCAUUGCGUCGGUAUGAGCGACAGCUUAGUUCUCAGUCCGGAAUACGUUCUGACUUCGAAGCUCACCAAAGCAUUGAUCACCCGCGCACAUCUCGAAGUUGACGGCCAUCUCGGGCGCGUAUCGACCGCACUGAGCAGGUUUCUACAGGAAGACCUCUCGCCGACUCACCUCGGAUUGACGGACGGCGCCAGGAGCCAUCUCGACCGGUUCCGCCGCUUCUUGCAUACCUUCUACGUGGACAAAUUUGGCUACUGGCCACCACCACGGGGUGCCGCUUUCCCGAAAGCUCUGUACAAGUCUAUGUACUAUGACUUCCAGAACCUGUACGACUACCUCGUAGACACCGACUCGACUGCCGAUAUCUCCUCCCAAAGACCAGCUAGCGGUGGUAUCUGUGUCUUGCAGAACAUUGCAACGUUCGAUCAACGACAUGGCUUCAAGUCUCAGCCGCACCCGUUACCUCUCCUACCAACAUACACUUCGCCACUGAAGAGAACAAAUUCCCAGAAAACGAACUCUCAAAAGGCCUUGAGACAACUGGUCCUGGCCUCGCAGUAUAACAAAUCGCAUGUACAGGAUACCAUGCAUGGUGCUCUAGCAGCGGCAACGAACGUUCUGGAGCCCAGUGCGAUGGAGUCCAACAUCGUGCAGGCAUAUAUCCACUUUGAGAAGGCGCAUGCUACCAGCCCCAGUCAACGCCAGGGUAAGGUAUCAGCAACAGAUGCGCGUAAAGUCAGGUGGCUCUUGAUCUAUGGCACUCUGCAGUAUCUUGUGUCCGCUCUGAGGGCGCCAAAAGAAGUUCGCGAUACUGAAAGCCCGGAGUACGCUUUGUGCUACGUUGCGGAGCCCACCUCGACUACCAAUAGCGUUGCUACGACUCCUUUGGCGUCACCUCCAGUUAAGGCGCCAGUGGCCAUCGACGAAGGUCUUGAUGAAUCUCAAAGCAGUCUAUAUUCGAUAGAGCCAGACUGCCAGAGGGAAGAUUACUUUACGCCGCAAAACAUGAGUCGACGUGGAUCCAUGGAGUCCCCUAAAGCCGAGUUUGAGUUUGGUUUCGAGAAGGACAAGUCAGAAGUAACUCAUGAUGUCCAUGAGCUCUCCCAAGUCGACUCGACCAUUGGCAUGGCUGUCUCCACUCCGCCGUCGCCCACCCGACCCCGUAUGAACCUGUUUCCCGACACACGACCCACUUUCACUGCCGAAGAGGCACGCGCUCUCAUAGCCGACAAGAGGCCCAAUCUUCCGUAUCGAAACAGAUCCAAAUCUACCUCCUCAGUCUUGGAUAAUACCACAUCGCCGGCGAAAGAUUCAAGGUUCUCCACGCCUGUGAGCACGACACCCACCGGCUACUGGGAGCAAUACAAAGCUACUCUCACACAACAAAAAGCACGAUCCAAUCCUGGAUCACCGACAGGCACUACUUCGCCAUCCAUGGCCAAGAUUCCGACCGCUUUCAAAGCGCCCUUCUCGCGACUCAGACCCCGCAAUGAGGAAGACCGCGGCGUCAAGACAGAGCGCCGAUUGUCAACUCUUUGGCGACACUAA